UUAGAGCUUCUGUCAUCAUUGCUUUCACUGAUUAGAUUAUGCAAUAAUCGACAGUAUCAAUACUUGAAGAAGCCUAGCCACCACUUCGCAUUAGGUUCCUAAGAUUCAGUAAAAAGCUCUUAGCCUUUUUUUAUGUUUUUGUUUUUGUUUUUUGUUUUUGUUAUCGAGUGUGUUCCUCCAAUUAUUAUUCAUUUCAGACAAAAAGUUUGAAUAUCUUGAAUCAACCCCAUGUGCGCUUAUUGCCUGUUCGGCCAUUGGCCUGACAGAAUCAGACGCAAGAAAGAGAGAAGAAAAUUCAAGGCUUUGAUUGAGAAGGCAGAAAAAAACGCCAACAAAAUGCAUGGCUGCUAAUUGUUCAUACCCCAUCACAACUAAUCACAAUCAUUGGGAUUGUGAAUAAAAUGCCAAACGCCUAUGAUGUGAACCUCUCUCUCUAUCUGUAUUUUAGAUAGAUUAGUUGGAAACCCGGGGUAUUUUCUGAGAUAAGGGCUUCUGGGGUUUGGUUCGUUUUAGUUGUUUCAUGCUUUCAAAGUCAUGUUUUAGAGCUCUGUAGGCGAAUUCUUCGGAAAACCAGGAUUGUUUUGGCAUUUGUGCCCCAAGGUUUUGUUUCUGUAGGUUGUACUUCCGUUACUGGUCACACCCUAUCUUUAUUUCUGUGUCUUUUGUGUUCGCCCUGUCCAAAGCCUAUGAUUUUAGAACUCUAUUUCUAGAGAUCCCGGACAAGUUUUUGGGAUUUGUGUUUCUGGGUUUUGCUCAGCUUUAUUACUUCCUUGACUGAUUUAUUCAUGGGUCAUACCGCAUUCUCUGUACUUGGCCUUUUGUCCCUUCUUGUGGGAACUUGUUUUUCUUCUUCUUCUUCUCUUAGAGAUCAAGUUAGAGAUAGGAUCACUGUGUUGCCAGGACAGCCAAGGAAUGUGGGAUUCGCUCAGUAUUCAGGUUAUGUGACUGUGAAUGAGCAAGCUGGGCGAGCAUUGUUUUACUGGUUGGUUGAGUCACCGGCUGUUCGUGGAGCUGAGUCAAGGCCACUAGUGCUGUGGCUCAAUGGUGGUCCUGGUUGCUCUUCAGUUGCUUAUGGAGCGGCUGAGGAGAUCGGACCUUUUCAUGUUAGGCCAGACGGAAAGACCCUUUACUUGAAUCCUUACUCUUGGAACAAUUUGGCAAAUUUGCUGUUCCUCGAAUCUCCAGCUGGUGUUGGUUUUUCUUAUUCAAAUACGACUUCAGACUUGUAUACAGCGGGUGAUCAGAGAACAGCUGAAGAUGCAUAUACAUUUCUUGUCGAUUGGUUUGAAAGGUUUCCACAGUACAAGCAUAGGGAUUUCUACAUUGCUGGAGAAAGUUAUGCAGGUCACUAUGUUCCUCAGUUGUCUCAACUUGUUUACCAAAGAAACAAGGGAAUCCGGAACCCAGUUAUUAAUUUCAAGGGAUUUCUGGUGGGAAACGCUGUUACUGAUGAUUACCAUGAUUACAUUGGGACGUUCGAAUACUGGUGGACCCAUGGUUUGAUUUCCGAUUCCUCCUAUCAUAUGCUAAGAGCUGCCUGCAACUUUGGGUCAUCUCAGCACCCCUCAUUGGAAUGCAUGAGAGCUCUUAAUGUUGCUGAGGCAGAGCAGGGAAACAUUGAUCCAUAUAGCAUUUUCACUCGGCCUUGCAAUAAUACUGCAUCAUUGACGCGCAACUUAAGGGGUCAUUAUCCAUGGAUGUCUCGGGCAUAUGAUCCCUGCACUGAGAGGUACGCUGAUGUGUACUUCAAUCUCCCAGAAGUUCAAAAGGCACUCCAUGCCAAUAUAACUAGAAUUUCUUAUCCAUGGAAAACAUGCAGCGAUAUUGUUGGUAACUACUGGGCGGAUUCUCCACUCUCUAUGCUUCCUAUUUAUUCUGAACUCAUUGCUGCUGGUCUCAGGAUAUGGGUUUACAGUGGAGACACCGAUGCAGUGGUUCCUGUGACUGCCACUCGAUACUCCAUUGACGCCCUGAAGCUACCAACUAUUACCAACUGGCACCCAUGGUAUGACAAUGUAAAGGUUGGUGGGUGGAGCCAAGUAUACAAAGGACUGACAUUUGUAACGGUAACUGGAGCAGGACAUGAGGUUCCACUUCAUCGCCCUCGCCAAGCUUUCAUUCUUUUCAAAUCAUUUUUGGAGAACAAGCCCAUGCCAAGCUAAACCCAUUUAACUCUAUAUAUUCAGUUAAAUUCAUACAAUAAGAGAAGCAUUCCUCUCGAGUGCCCCUCCAUUGAUUCUCGCC